UAUCGAUAAUCGAAGAUUUUAUAUAAACAGAGCGGCAAACACGUCGGCAACUAGAAUUUGGGCAUGGAUUUGCCUGUUGAACAUGGAAGAUGAUGAUGAUGAUGACUACAGCAUAGAUGCAAGUCCAACGAAACCAAGUCCCAGUUGUUCCAAGCGGUCCGAACUCCUACUUAGAAGAAAAACUCGUACAGUACAAGAAAACUACGACAUCCAGACAAAGCGGGCGCCGGUAACACAAUGGCCAUGUGGGACUCCACAUCAACAGCCACGACUGGACUUGGUGAGUGCUUGGGAGCUGCGCGAAGAACAGCUUUUUGAAGCCGACCGCUUGGACUGCCUGCGCGCCCAACAAGAGCCUUUGCGGGUACGUUCCGUGCCUGCCUCACAAAACUUCAACUCGCUGCAGUCCAUGCUGGAGAGCCAGGAGAUGCCCAUGCAGCAAGCCUCGCCCGAGCCAGAAGCAACAGAACAGUUGCUAAGUAAACCAAGCAGCAUUGUGCAAGAAAUACUUCGGGAUUUCUGUUCGUCGCCCACAUAUGUGGAGGAGCAGCUGCCCACAGAUGAUGCUUCGCCCUGGUUUCGUUUUCGUAGCAAGAAAAUUAAAACCUUUGGUCACAAGCGCCCGACAGCAAUUGCAGCAAGCACAGCUGAUGAUGAGGAUCGCUUGAGUUGCUCCUCAGAGCUAUCUGUGCAAGAGGAUUACACCACCCAAGUGCCCACGACGACUCACUGCGCCUUCGAUGCGAAUAGCUCGCAAAAGAUCUGUGAAAACCUCCUCAAUUUGAGUGCAUUCUUCUCGCAAAACAAUGUUAAUAAAUCAAUUGAUUUGCCCGAUAUGCAAGUUGAUCCCAAAAAUUGUACAGCAAUAGAAGCUAUGGAUUACGAGCAAGAAGAUGCAACAGAUGUUGUCGAGGAUAUGGGCUACUUUCUUGGCAGCACGGAGCAGUGCAAAUUUUAUGAUGAAAACUGUGAUAUUAAAAUAACGGAUGAUGCUGAGUUUUCGCUAUUUAGCGAGCGUUCUCGCUUGCUGACAAGGGAAACUCCGCUUAAAGUUGGCCAAUCACAAGAUACAAGUUUGUGUGGGGAUUGGUUUAAAGCUGACUUCAUUACACAAAAGCUAAAAGUGCCUUUGGAUAAAACAGAAACGCAGAAUUUGUCCACAUCAAACGCUCAUUUGAAAGCUAAAGAAAGCGAAUUGCUUGAGGGGAUUCCUUUAAGUGAAUGGCAGCCCAUAGACAUUGCACCUUCAGCAAAUAUAAAUCUAAUCUCUGCCUCGGAAAAGAAAGAAUUGCAAGCAACUGAUUGUAAGCAGCUGGAACUGAUUGCAUUCAGUGAGUGGCAACCAGAUGCCAGCGAGUUUCGAACUGUUUCAAGCAAACCCAUAAAAGUUUUUGAGCAGCACCAAAAGGAAGCUGCGAAAUUAAUGGCUGAUGUGGAAGCGAGCUACACACAGAAACCAAGCGAGGUCGUUAACGGCAGAGAUUCUGCUGGUAUACAAUUCCGCACUGCAUCAAACAAGACCAUGAAAAUAACCGAGGAGAUGCGCAGGAAAGCAGCCAUGUUGAUGGCUGAUUUGGAGACAGUUGUUGAGAAUCAAUCAGAUGCUCAAGGGUCACAAAUGGAUAGGAUUCCUGGUUCGUCACCAAAUAAAACCCUCGAAGCGCCGAAACAAAUGCAAAAAGGUGAUGUAAAUUCAUUAGCUGAAUUGGGCAUGAACACUGCAAAGAGAGAGGAAGUAACUGCAGACUGUGAAAUGCUCGAUGGGAUUCCUUUUAGCGAAUGGCAGCCCAUGGACAUACCAGACAGCAAACCAACACCAGCCGAGAGCUACGUUUGCAGUCAGUUGGAUAUGAUACCAUUUAGUGAAUGGCAGCCCAUGGAUAUUCCAGAUGCCGUCGAAUUUCGCACUGCUUCAAACAAGACAAUCCAGGUUUCUGAGGAAAAACAGCAAGAAGCUGCCAAGUUUAUGGCCGACAUAGAAGCUAGCUACUCCCAGAAAAUAGGAGCAGAUAGAAGUAUAGUUAAUAUUGAUUCUGACGUUUCGGUAAAUGUCGAAUUUCGCACUGCUUCCAAUAAGAUCGUAAAGUUAACGGAGGAGAUGCGGCAAAGGGCAGCAAUGUUGAUGGCCGAUUUGGAAACUGGGAGCUUAAAUCCCCAAGAGACAACAAAGGAACAGUUGGAGGAGGUUCAGAAGAAUGCAAAUGAAGGCUCAGAAGCGAAUCAAAAUAGAAGUCUCCAUUCUGAAAUUUCAGAAAAUAUCGAAUUUCGCACUGCAUCCAAUAAGAUCGUGAAAUUAACGGAUGAGAUGCGGCAAAGGGCAGCAAUGUUGAUGGCCGAUUUGGAAGUCGGGAGUUUAAAUCAACAAGAGGAAGAAAAGGAACAGCUGGAUAAGGUUCAGCUUAAAAGGUGUGCGCCGAGAAACAUAUCAGAAUCUGUUGUAUUUGGAAAUUUGUCUAGAAAACUUACCACAGAAGAGGAUAUAGAAAAAGGAAUUCCUGAGCCAACAAGUGAUUCUAUCGAUGGAAUCACGCCAUUUGCGCCUGAAACCAGGAUUGGUCUGAUAACAGCGACACCACAGCCGAAUCUAGUCACACAGAAGAACUCUGAAACCUUGAAUGUUCCAUUCGAGACGCCCAAAUGCACGCCGGAGCUGCAGUCCUCGCUGACACAGCUCUCCGAGCGUUCGCCUCUGGACAAAGCCACAAAGAGCUCGAUAAUUACGCGCCGUAAUCUGCUGUCCCUGAAUAAGCGGCGAAAACAGAAGCGGGAUGCAGAGAACUGCAGUGCGGAUGCUGGCCGCACGCCGAUUAGACGAUUUGCUCCCAUGGCAGCCUCGACAAGCACGCCCAUGCCCAAUCGCAAGGACAGCGUGGAGGGAGAAGCGCAGCGCGUAAUGCGCGAUCGAAGCUGCUCCCAGGAAUCGCCACGCGUGCACAGGGAACGUGUGGGUAAGCGCAAGAGUGAAGAGGCGCUGUCACCGAUCUAUGCUCCCACAACUAAAACCCGACGACUCGGCUUGAGUCGCAUACGGAAUAAAUCGAACCAUGAUAUUUAAAAAAUAAAA